AUGCUUUUGCUGCUGCUUCAAGCAACGAUGGUUAUCAGCGUGUCUGCAGAUGUUUCAUGCCUGAUGCAGACCAGCAGCCCUGAUCGCACAGCUCUUCCUCAAGGGUCGCGCUUGCGCGCGGGCGAGGCAGCGGCUCCCAAGGAAGCGCUUCAGCAGCUGGCCUUCAGCGCCGGAGGGCUGGUGGAGACCUUGGCCACUCUGCAGAGGCGACUGCGCCACCGGGAGCUGCUUCUGUCUCAGCCCGCGCCUGCAGCGCCUGCAGUGCCUGCAGAACCUGCGCCGCAGGCGAAUGCCACAGCGAUGCCUACGAACUUCAUUGCCAAGUAUCAGAGGCUUUCCCCGAACAAAACUCUGGUGAUGUGGGUGGUGGUAUUGACUCCGGUGUGGUUUCUCGUGGGAUGGUGCCUUCUGCGCCUAGAGAUGAACAGGCCCGUUGCGACAAGUGUGCGGGAGAGGCGUGACAGACCUGAAGCGCGAGGCUGGAACUUCCACUGA